UUCGCAAUAAAAAAGUAAUGUCGGAGUAUGCCGAACACGAAUAUAAAAACGAAAGAUUAAAUAACGAAACACGAAAUUAAAUUUUAAACACGAAAUGCGAAAUUUCGAAACCCUCAACAAGUCUAAAGCGAAAGACGAAAGCCAAAACGAAAUUAAAUUUAAAAACGAAAGACGAAAUGUACAAACUUCGAAAUACUUAAAAAGACGAAACUUGGAGAGAUUAAAAAAAUACAAAACUGGCUCACUCCUAAAAAUAUUUUUUUCAAUUAUCAGGGAUCCGAAACGAAUUUUAUAUAUUGCGAUUAAUUCAGAACGAAAUUAAAUUUAAAAAUAAAAUACAAAAUUUGAAAAGCGAAAUAGAUUUAAAAAAUUGAAAGGCGAAAUAGCGAAACACGAAAUUAAAUUAAAAAACGAAAUGCGAAAUUACGAACCCCUUGUUGAAUCUAAUAUAGCAAAAGACGAAAGACAAAACGAAAUUUAACUAAAUAGACGGAAGUCGAAAGGGGAAGAACUAAAAAAGACGAAACUUGCCAAAGACGAAACACGAAAGGCGAAACUGGCACACUCCUGUUUUUCUAUAUAUUUUUCACUCUAUCAGCUUUUCCCUAUAUUUUUAUAUCACUUUUCAGCACUAAAUGGCGCAAAUAAAAAAGAAAAAGUUUUUUUUAUGUGUGAAAGCGCUUUUACAGCCGAGACAAAUUGAAAAUAAAAUUAUAAAAAUAUACAACUAAAAGCCCUCUCUAAUAUUUUCUCUCUAUAAAUUUUAUGUAAAGCUUAACUGACAAAACUCUCUAAAUAUUAUUCUGUGAAUGCUCAUUGCGCUGUCACCCCACAAUAAACGUGUGUUUGUCCUUUCGGCACAUAUUCUCUCUCGUUUCCUGGCAUUUUUACCCUCUUU